AUGGAAUCGACAACUAGCAGUCAGGAGAGGAAUGAGUUCUUCCAAAGACUCAAACCAUGCUGCGUCAAGAUAAGCCAGUUGGUGAUAAGAGAGGCAGAUGCACCAGUUUCUUCCCAAGAACUAGGCGAGCAGACAGGACACCUCCUGAGCCUUCUUGACGAGCAAAUCGAACAGAACCCGUUAGUUCUGGACGAGAAGUUUUCCGAAUACGUCUUCUUUCCUCUUCAUCAUGUCUUCCGCCGGAUGGAUCAAUAUCCCAUGUCUUUGAUCGAGAACUGCAUCAAGACCCUCACAAUUCUCAUUACGCACGGCUGGAAGGCAAAGAUCUCUGCAGAACUCGUUAGACAGAUCUUAAGUCUCUUGACUUUCAUUAUCGAUGGCAACCCCGGUUCUGCUUCCACACGCGCACGUCCUGUUGCUGAAGAGACAGUACUGGAGGCCUUUCGUGGAUUGACGGCUCUCUUUAACACGGCCGGUCUAUCAGCCACCGCGGCAUCGGGGCUCUCGCAAGCGGAGUCAAUACCUGCACUUGGACAUGGAGUGACCGUCAUGCUAAAUGGAGUAAUCGACGGCGCGACACCCCAGAUUCAACAAGAAGCACUGCGGGCCCUGCAAGCUGUUUAUCAUACCGUCAAGGAAAUUGCCGCGCUAGCUAGCUUCUUGCCUGGCACGAUAUCCUCACUAGCCAAAGUCUCGUCCUCGCCCAACCGAUAUAAAGGCACUGUUCUUGCCAAAUGCCUCGAGACAGUCGGCCUCGUGCUAACGAGUGUCAUGGCCGAUAUUCGAACGCAUUCUAUAAUGGCCAAGACCGACACAGAAGAGGAUGAAAUCCAAGACAAUAAAAUAUUAUCCCCAGCGUGGCUCAAGGCCACUGCUAUGCAGGUCAAGAAAGCGCUCUCGGCAAUCAUGAAAUUGCGAUCUCAGGAUUCUGUUUUGGUCAAGAAUGCCCUCAACAAGCUCUGCGUCAUGAUUCUGGAUGAAUGUCACAAUACGCUGUCUAACAGCACAAAUAUACUGGUCGAGACGGCAAUGAUGCUUGGAGAAACCGAGAACAAGGUGUCCUUGACACAAACAAGUCUACAAGACCUGGUCAGUAUUUACCCGGAGCUCGGCGAAAUCGUGAAGACGACAACAUAUAAUUGGAUGUCGAGUCUCACACGGUUGAUGCAAUCAGGAGACGAGGACGUAAAGCGAGACGCAAUACGUAAUGUAUUGAAGGGCCUUCAACUACUCAAAGAAUUAAACAUACAAUCAUCCAUACUCGACGAGUCUAUGUCGGUAAUGCUACGGGAUAGCGUUAUAUCCCUUAUGCAGGCAUCGAAGGCUCUAACAGUGAAGGGAAAUACAGAUGUUCAACUCAUUGACGGAGCAGAGGCAUCAAAAGAGUACAAAGGUGUACAGUAUCAGCCUGUAAUACUACCUUCUGAAUCCCAAAAGAAGCUUCGCAGUGAGAUAGCAUCACUUAUUGCAUUCCUUGGCUCUUCAUCCCAACAAGCAAGAUUUGCAGGUAACAUGUUAGAACAAGUCCAGGAAACCGACAACCUUGCCAGCCAAGUUGCUACCUUCUGGCUCUGUUUUCAACUUGUUAAAGCUAGCCAUGCCUCUUCCGCAGAGGAAGAGAUGUUUCUAAACCUGUCAUCAAUAGCCGACCCCUCUCAGGAUAUUGACACCAUAUUCAAUGAGCUUUACGCGACAUCGGUGCAGAUUCUUGAUCGUCACACAGACACUGAACCUGUUGACUGGCGGUUAGAAGCUUUAGCCUUGGAAGUUACCGCCUACACAGCACAAAGAUCAGGAGAGUCGUUCCGACCUGAGCUCAUUGAUGUCCUCUUCCCUAUCGCGACAUUCUUGGGAUCCAAUAGCCCGGAUCUGCAGAAGCACGCUAUUGUCACAUUGAACAACAUAGCAAUUUCAUGCGGAUAUGCUAAUGUUUCGGAGCUUAUUAUCCAGAACGUCGACUACAUGGUCAACUCCGUCUCACUGCGACUCAACAGCUUGGAUAUAUCGCCCGCUUCAAUCAACGUUUUGACCAUGAUGAUCCGACUAGCAGGCCCUCGACUAGUUCCCUAUCUGGACGAUGUCGUUGACUCUAUUUUUGGAGCAUUGGACAACUAUCACGGAUAUCCGAUUUUCGUAGAGAACCUCUUUGUCGUACUCAAAGAGGUUGUGAAUCAGGGUGUUCGAUCAGACAUGCUGUUGCUAGAAUAUCAGACGAGUUCGAAACCUGACCAUAGAAAAGAACACAAAGAGCCACCCGGGCUUCCAGAUCUGUUAGACGUUCUGAAGAGACGAAAGCAACGAGAAGUGCUCGAUGAGGCAGAAAAAGACAAUGUGAAAGGGCACCCAAAGAUUCCAUGGAAGGAGAAUAAAGACGAAGGCGAAAUCAAUGAGGCGGCGGAGCCUCCACCAGAACCAGAGAAACCACCAAACACACAAACGUAUCAGCUCCUGCUUAGAGUGGCAACUCUUACCCAGCACUACCUCACAUCACCAACACCAGCACUACGACGAUCUUUGCUUGAGCUCCUGACGAUUGCAUCCACUGCUUUGGCUCCCGACGAGGAAGCGUUUUUGCCCCUUGUUAACUCAAUCUGGCCAGUUGUGAUCGACAGGCUGCAGGACCCAGAAGCUUAUAUCACGGUCGAGGCGUGCCGUGCUCUUGCCGGGCUUUGCGCUGCUGCGGGAGACUUUCUUAGCUCUCGCUUCAAGACUGAUUGGGCUGACUGGCUUCGAGAUUGGUGCCGCAGGGUUAAACGUCAAGCUUCCGCUUCGCCGAAUUGGACUAGACCCCGUGGGGAAGCUGGGGUUUCGUGGGGAAAAGAAAGCGACGAUAGCCGCGUGCUGAUACCCCUGAGAACUGGCGACGGUCUAAGCGGCAAGGCUAUUACGCCAAUAGUCGCAUCAUCUUCAGGUAGUCUGGGGAAGUUUGCGUCACCGGCGCGAGUGUGGGAGGGCGCAAUUGAGCUAUUGACGGCUCUUGUGUCGUACGUUCAGGUUGACGAGGAAAUGUUUGACGACAUUCUUGACCUACUCUCGGAUGUUUUGGAGCGAAACGUCCAAGUGCGGGAGGCAUUGGAGGCGGUUAACGGGGACGCUGUGUGGCUGUCGCGGUACGAGAGAGGGAAUGUUGAACGGCAGCCAACACCGCAAAUGGACGGGGUCAAAUUUACUGCUAUGGCAACUUCUGGGUGA